UUUAUCCUCGUUUCUUUUUACUCAUUAGCCUUCCGAGAAUCGUUUAUUCUACGUGCAAUUGAACUACUCAGAGAACCAUGGCUUUAGAUUUGGUGGUUGCACCUGCUGUCUCUACUUCUGUUGAUUUUUUGCUAAAGAAGAUGGCUUCUUCCAACGUGGGGAACUUUUUGAGGGGAAAGACUGACUCUGGUUUCGAUAGGCUUCUUGACAAACUAGAGACUACAUUCGCCUGUCUUGCUGAGGUGCUCGGAGAUGCGGAGAAGAAGCAGAUCAGAAACCCUGGAGUUGAGAAGUGGUUGGACAAACUUCAAGAAGCUGUGGAAGAUGCAGAGGAUCUCUUCGAGGAAAUUGAGUAUGAUGUGCUCAAACUCAAGGUGGAAACAGAGUCAGAACCUGGACCUGAGGUAAGUAAACUCUUCUCUGGUUUCAACUUAACUGAUCAGAAAAGAAAAGCAGAUAUGGAGAAGAUUCUAGAGCGAUUGGAUACUUUCAAAGAAGAAAGGUACAUCCUUAAUCUGCGAAAAGAUGUUGAGAAGAUUCCAUCACAAAGACUACCUUCAAUAUCAUCCGUAGAUGAUGCUGAGUUUUUCGGUAGAGAUGAUGAAAAGGAAAUUUUGAAAGGGUUGCUGCUGUCAGAUGAGGUGGGUAGUGAAAAAGUAUGUGUGAUUCCAAUUGUGGGCCUGGGCGGGAUUGGCAAAACUACUCUUGCUCAAGCUGUUUACAAUGAUGAUGAAGUUAAGAAACAUUUUGGACUCAACGCAUGGGUUUGUGUCUCGGAUGAAUUUGAUGUUUGUAGAGUAACAAGGACUAUCCUUGUAGCAAUAACUAGAAAAGGGUCUACUGUUGAGGACUUGAGUGUGCUACAAGAGAAUGUUCGAGAAAUAUUAGACAGAAAGAAGUUCUUUAUAGUUUUGGAUGACGUCUGGAAUGAAGAGUAUAGUUUUUGGGAUACGAUAAGGAUGCUUUUCAAAGUCGGGGCACAAGGUAGUGAAAAAGUUGCGUCAAUCGUGGGAACGACUGAAUCUCGCCAUCUUGAAGUUUUAAAGGAAGAAGCUUGUUUUGAGUUAUUUGUCAAGCUUGUAUCUGGCAAUAAAGAAUUUAUUGCAGAUUCAUACUUGGGAAGAAUUGGCAAACAACUUAUUAAUAAAUGCAAAGGUUUACCGUUGGCAGUGAAGGCAGUUGCAAGUCUCUUGCGAUUUACAAAUGUUAAGGAAUGGAAGAGAAUAGCAGAGAGUGAUAUUUUGGAUUUACCCGUUGGAGAGACAACCAUUCUUCCAGCUUUGAGAUUGAGCUACUAUUAUUUUCCAUCACACUUGAAACGAUGUUUUCUUUAUUGUUCUAUGUUUCCUAAAGACUACAAAUUUAGGAAAAAUGAGUUGGUCUCAUUAUGGAUGCUUGAUGAUUUAUUGGAGCAUUCGAGUGGAAAUAGAACUGUGAAAGAAGUAGGAUACGAGUAUUUUGAUGAUUUGGUGUCCCGAUCAUUUUUUUCAAAUUGCUUACAGAUAUAG